CAUGGUUGGUUCGGAGCGCGAUGAGCCGCCCGUCCUCCACCGGCCCCAGCGCUAACAAACCCUGCAGCAAGCAGCCGCCGCCGCAGCCUCAGCACGCUCCGUCCCCGGCUGCGCCCCCGGCCGCCGCCACCAUCUCGGCUGCGGGCCCCGGCUCGUCCGCGGUGCCCGCCGCGGCGGCGGUGAUCUCGGGCCCCGGCGGCGGUGGCGGGGCUGGCCCGGUGUCCCCGCAGCACCACGAGCUGACCUCGCUCUUCGAGUGCCCGGUCUGCUUUGACUAUGUCCUGCCCCCCAUCCUGCAGUGCCAGGCCGGGCACCUGGUGUGUAACCAAUGCCGCCAGAAGUUGAGCUGCUGCCCGACGUGCAGGGGCGCCCUGACGCCCAGCAUCAGGAACCUGGCUAUGGAGAAGGUGGCCUCGGCAGUCCUGUUUCCCUGCAAGUAUGCCACCACGGGCUGUUCCCUGACCCUGCACCACACGGAGAAGCCAGAACACGAAGACAUCUGUGAAUACCGUCCCUACUCCUGCCCUUGUCCCGGUGCUUCCUGCAAGUGGCAGGGGUCCUUGGAAGCCGUGAUGUCCCAUCUCAUGCACGCCCACAAAAGCAUUACCACCCUCCAGGGAGAAGACAUCGUCUUUCUAGCCACAGACAUUAACCUGCCGGGGGCUGUCGACUGGGUGAUGAUGCAGUCGUGCUUUGGCCAUCACUUCAUGCUGGUGCUGGAGAAACAAGAGAAGUACGAGGGCCACCAGCAGUUCUUCGCCAUCGUGCUGCUCAUUGGCACCCGCAAGCAAGCCGAGAACUUUGCCUACAGACUGGAGUUGAACGGGAACCGGCGGAGACUGACCUGGGAGGCCACGCCCCGGUCCAUCCACGACGGGGUGGCCGCGGCCAUCAUGAACAGCGACUGCCUUGUUUUUGACACAGCCAUAGCGCAUCUGUUUGCAGAUAAUGGCAACCUUGGAAUCAACGUGACCAUUUCUACAUGUUGUCCAUGAGGCACCGAGGUUAUUUGGGCUCAGUGCUCUGUGGUUAAUAAAGGUUUUUAUAGAUGUUUUAUUCACUGUGUCUUCACAAGUCAAGACCCACAGUUACCCCCCAUGUUCUGUUUGAACAGCAGCUUCCCAUCUGGCACUGGCCCAACAAAGUUCACUAAAAGGAACGAAUGGGGUUGGCCUAUUAGUCAUUUGGAGUCGGUUCUGUGAUCUGAAAUCAACUUUCUUAUGAAAUUGUACUUACUUCCUGAACAGCACUUGACAGGUUGCUCAGGGCUCCUGUAGGCCAGUAUGUUAGGAAUUGGAGGCUCCUUCCUGUCUGACUCUCUCUACUGGUCUCACCAAGUUGACAAAAGCACAGUGACUGUCGAUAGAUUCCUAACCUUAACCUUUAUCUUGUUUUUAGGGAGUAGGAAUUGUUUUAGUCUUUCUCAAACUGGAUGGCUGAUGGCUAACCAAUAUGCACAGAGCCCCCCGUAGUACUCAUCUUAAACAUGCAGAUUUGUGGAGCCUGUGCAUUUAACAAUCUCGUCAAGUGAUUCUGUUCGACAAUAAAGUUUGAGAAUUACUGAGUUAAAUUGUGGAAAGGGUCCAGAUUUUAAAGGUGCUUUACGACUGCCCUCUACUGAUACCGUUUGUCUUUCUACGGCUUCAUUCCCUCCUCACCCCCGAGCUGCCGCUCCCAAAUUAAAACCAGAACUGCAGAUCCCCAUGAGCACACUCCUGAGAUUUGGUCACUGUCUUGUGUUUGGGGUGGAUUGCCUAGGAAAGCGAAUGGUAUGGCCAUUGAUAGUUCUCACCUAAUUAGGUUUUGCUCAUCACUAGUACAGAUGACCUGUUUACACGUGGCUUCCCUCAGAGGCCAUCCUUGACUGUAGCUGGUGGGAAAGACUAGAUCAGUAGAGUUGGAAAAGCUUUAUAACCAGUGUCAUAUGCUUGCUAUUUAAAGGUAUGUGUUGGGUGGUUGUUGUUGUUUUUUUGCCACAUUCACUUUAGUUUUUUAAUAAAUAUUUUCCAAAAA